UAUAUGAAAGUCUAAUGUUUAUCAGUACAUUACAGUAGAUAAGAUAAGAUAAUCUUUUAUUAAUCCCACAAUGGGGAAAUUUACAAUGUUACAGCAGUACAGAGGAAAGGACAGAGAAACAGAUCAGGAAAAAAAUAAACAAAUAAUGAUAAAUCUAUAUAUACAAAAAACUAUUACAGGAAAUAUAUAAAAGAUACUUAAAAAAUUAUAUAUAGUAUAUAGAAAACAUAUAUACAUCUAGUGCAUAGAGAUAUGAUUGUGGUAGGGUGGACCAGUAUUAUUGCAUAAAGAGUAACAGUGAAUAAAUAUCAAAUAAAUAGUAGAUAAAAGGGUGAGAACAAUAUUGCACGUUAAACAUAUUGCACAAAUGGUGAUAAGGGGAUCACUGUACAUGUAAUGUACAAAUAAUGAACUUUAUCACAAUAUGCUAAUUUUUUUUUUUAGAAGGACCUGUAUAUGGGGGUGCCCAAACUUUAGCAUGCUCUGUAUUUUUCUGUUUCCUACCACUAGUGCGGAGUAGGGACCGUGUAGCUGUUGCCAGCUGCUCUGGCUGUGGGCUGUCUAUAGGCCCUGCUGUGGAGCUCCGCCUGGAGCACAUGGCCGAGCCUUCAGUCCGCCCACAUGAAGUUAGUUGUGCUGCUCCACAGCGCCUAGAGCACAGAUCAGCCAGCGUGCCCCCUCAACUUCACUGAAACUGGAAUUUCUUUUCUGAAGCUUCUGCUACUUUAGUGCACUUGGUAAGGGUAUUUAUUACUUUUUUUUACUGUAAAAUAAGGACGGUACUUUUUUAUGAGGAACUUGUUUUUACCGACCAGCUUUUUGAGCGCUGUUUUAAUAAGACUGAUAUCUGUAGUGAAUGCUUGAGAGUUUUGGAAGAGUCUGGGAUCCUGCCUGGUUCAUCUUCAGUUCGCUCACUGUACUUACUUUAGUGGAGUCGUUUUGGGUUCCUGUUCGUCGCUAAAGGAGUUUUUAGACGCUCCAGUGCGUCGUUUGGCCGUUUUUGGCUUGUUUUCCUCCUUCCAGAGUGGACUAGUAUGGCUGUGGGAGAGAGGUGCUGAGGGUCUCCAAGUCUCAGCCAUGACCCUGGCUCGACUGGCCGCCUCGGAGAGCCUUGCUGCGGGACAGCUCUGCUCAUGCUGCGGCGCUAAACUCACCGCAGCCCCGGUACACACGCACACACAGCAGCUUAUCAGUGAAAAUUUCCUCACAGUCAAAGGCGCUGCUGUCUUCUUACCCCGUGGAAAUGGAUCUUCACCCUCCUCAGUGCCCCGUGUUACACAGCGGCGGAAUAAACACACAGGAGACCUCCAGCAACACCUGCAGACAAUGUUCUCUUUACUGCGGCCAGAAGACACCAUCCGCCUGGCGGUCCGGUUGGAGAGUGCCUAUCCUCAGUGUACGCGGUACAUGGUGGUAGUGUCCACCAAUGGCAGGCAGGACACUGAAGAGAGUGUGGUCCUUGGCAUGGACUUCAGCAGCUCAGACUGUCUUUGCACAGUUGGGCUGGUUUUACCCCUCUGGAGUGACACUCUGAUUCACUUGGAUGGAGAUGGUGGCUUCAGUGUGUCCACAGUCAACAGAGUUCAUGUCUUCAAGCCUGUUUCUGUCCAGGCCAUGUGGUCAGCGCUGCAGUCCUUGCACAAAGCAUGCGAAGUAGCGCGGUGUCAUAAUUACUACCCAGGCAGCCUCUUUCUGACGUGGGUGAGCUACUACCAGAGCCGCAUCUGCUCUGAACAGCACUGCGUCAACGAGUGGAACGCCAUGCAGGACGUGCAGUCCUAUCGUGCAGACUCACCUGUGCUGUUUACAGACGUGCCAACGGAGAGAGAGCGUACGGAACGAUUGAUUAAGACCCGUCUGAGGGAGAUCAUGAUGCAGAAGGACCUGGAGAAUGUCACAUCUAAAGAGAUCCGUACUGAGCUGGAAAUGCAGAUGGUGUGUAAUCUGCGGGAGUUCAAAGAGUUCAUUGACAACGAGAUGAUAGUCAUUCUGGGCCAGAUGGACAGCCCCACGGAAAUCUUUGAUCAUGUCUACCUGGGUUCAGAGUGGAAUGCAUCCAAUCUGGAAGAGCUCCAAAGCAGUGGAGUUCGCUACAUCCUGAACGUGACGCGGGAGAUUGACAACUUCUUCCCUGGGCUUUUCGAGUACCACAACAUCCGUGUGUAUGAUGAGGAGGCCACCAACCUGCUGGAGUACUGGAACGACACCUGGAAAUUCAUAUCCAAAGCAAAGAAAGUGGGGGCGAAGUGUCUGGUGCACUGUAAGAUGGGCGUGAGCCGCUCAGCCUCGACUGUGAUCGCGUAUGCAAUGAAGGAGUACGGCUGGGACCUGGACAGAGCUUUUGAGCAUGUCAAAGAGAGACGUUCUGUCACUAAACCCAACCCUUCCUUUAUGAAGCAGUUGGAGGAGUACCAGGGCAUCCUGCUGGCCAGCAAACAGAGGCACAACAAGCUGUGGCGGUCCCACUCCGACGGUGACCUCUCCGAGCAGCAGGAGCCUCUACGCAAAAGUCCUCGCACCCAGGGUUGCUCUGACCCCCACAACAACCACUUCUUCCACCACCUCAAAAGCAGCAGCCCUCCAUCCAUCCAGAACAUGCUCGGCAUGGCCGUGCUACAGACUCUUACCAGCCCGCCAGCCACAGCUGACAAUACAUGCUCGAACUCCUCCACAGUCUCCAACAGUCCAUUGUGUGAGCCAACGCAAAAUCUCAAACCUGAGCAGGGUUCCGAGGACCCCUUACUGCCUCCUUUACCUCGGCCACGGGCAGCCACUGUGGUGCCCGAACAAAACUUGGUAGAGCGAUGCGGUCUGAAAGUAGCAGUGACUGUGCCUAUUUCUUGCCCUCACCCUCCUCCUUCCUCUCUUCAUGCUCUCUCUCCCUCGGUCAGUCUCUCUCUUCAUGCCCUCGAGCCAUCCCAUCCUGUGCCUGAGCCAAAAACAGACUCUGUCAAGCCAGACCUUGACGGGCCUGAUCAGAAAGACUCUUGUCAAACCUCUUCUGGGACUGUGAACGUGGCAUUAUAUCUGGAUACUGUGAGCACUGUUAGUGACUCGGAAGGAAAGUUGCCAUCUCCAGGGACACCCAUGGCUAUCAGCCCCUCGGGGGCUCCUCUGGCGCUUGGACUUCCUUUGCCUAACAGUGACUCAGAAAGCUCCAUUAAUGGAGCUGAGCUUGUACAGAGGACAGCUGGUUCAGUAAACCCCGUCUCCUCCAGCCUCAGCACUGAUAGCAUCGACUUCUUCAGCGCCAGAGAGAAGUUCCUGGGGCUUUCUCAGGAAGGCCACACACGCCAGUUUCCUGAAGCCAAUGCUACACAACGCUGUGUUCGCUCUCGAUGCUCCAGCCUGUGCCUGGAUGAGGCUAGCACUGCUGCAGUAGAGGAGUGCUCUUCACAUCCAGAGAGCUCCUGUGCAAGCGAACCUCUCCCUACUGCUUCAUCCCAUCACCAAGACAACGGCGUGUCUGUGCGGCACAUGGUAACUUCACUGGAGUCCAUCUCACAUGCUCGCAGUCCUCAGCACCGCCCCUCGCUCCAGGAGCAAGGGGAAGUUCAAAAAGAGGAAAGGUUGUCCCUUCCUCCGUCUCCCUCCACACCACCCUGUGAGCGGCCCACCGGUUCAGUGCGUCGUGCUACCGAACAGCUGGAGCUGAGACUACGGCAGGAGCAGGAGAGCAUCCCAUCUCGCUCGCCUCUGCACUCGCCUUGCUCCAACAGCCCUGACCUGCUCCGACCUUCUGUGGACUCCACCUGCACUGAUUCUGUCCAGACCACGUCACAAGGACAGCGAGAAGACCUCCGGCCAUUGGACGAUGAGGAUUCAGGCAUAAUCCCUGACCCGAGUAGUUCCAUGUCCACGUUCCAUGAGGUUAGUGCUUCACCAGUGACUGUAAACCCCAGCCUGGAGCCUAGCUCUGCCUCUUCCUCCCUGCUGUGGUUAGAGGGCGUCACUGAGCUGGAGAGCGACGUAGACGAUCUGCUCAGGCCAAGCGGACGUCUAGCCCGCAGCAGUCAGGACCUGCAGAAGAUUCAGGAGACCCUGAGGGAGCUCCAGGCGUUUCUGUAUGAGGCUGGCGGGCUGACCAGCCAAGCUGACACUAAAGAGCAGUUCCAAAGUGGUCAGAGCAAGACGGACGUGGAGCAUCGGGCGGAGCCCAAAGCUCCAGCAAUGUGGCAGAGAGCCAUGGAGAUUGAAGCUAGACUCAGGCAAGCAGGCUUAACACCACCAUCACUCAUGAAGCGCUCUGCCUCCCUGGCCAAGCUGGACCAGCUGGAGCUGUCCAUGCAUGACUUGAACGACUGGGACUUCCAUUCUGCAGCCCCAGUCUCUGAGCCACCCUCUUCUUCCUCCCUCUCUCAUUCUCACUCCCACUCACUCGCCCACUGUCCUGAUGACGCCCAUAAGAAGCAACGUGUUCUACCUCAAAGCCCCUCCAGCCCGCUGCCUGCUGCACACCUGCUGGAGGCCAAAAGGACUGAAGCCUCCACCAGUUCCUCAUUCUCAUGCUUACAGCCUACACAAGAGGGCGAAGCUGAGCAUACUUCCGUCCCGCACACCGUCUCAGUCUGUACACGGCAGCAGCAGCAGCAAUACACCAAGCCGCACCCCUCCCGGCGCCUGCGCAAAGCAGCGGACAAGAAAAAGACUGUGACUGUUCUAUACAAUACCAUGUGACCCAUACUGAACUGAAUCAGGGUAGAUGUGUACCUGUGUGUGUGUGUGUGUGCGUGCCAUGGCAGGAGCCAGAGACUGUUCGUGUCAGGAUCAACAUGAUCCAUACCCAAGCUAAAACUGUGAGCAUAUGCUACUGUAUUUUUGUGCGAUAGUAUGAGUGUAUGUGUCCCACCCCCAUCCAGCAGCUUUCAAAUAUCAAUGGAAAAGGAGGGGGUUGUUUCUCAAACCAUGCACUUUACCUAUUUGUUGUUGUUUUUUUAAAUAUUGUUAAUAUUUUUCUGUUUCUAUUUUUGGUUGGUUUUUAUUUGAAGUGUAUUUUUUGCACUGAUUUGAAAGGUAGCCCAUCUGUAUGUGUGUAUGUGACUGUGUGCUGGCCUGGUUUUCGUCUGGAGAACCUAAAUGACAUAUGUAUUUUUUUUAUCUUGUGGCUAUUAAAUAAAUUUAAAAUAUGGAUACAUUUUA